CCCUCCCCUUCCGGUAGAGUCUGCGCCGGCUGUUCGGGCCCCACGUGUGUUCGGGCCGCGGUACUCGCGGGAGGUGCUGGGGCUGCGACUGGUGAGCCUGCCCCGGUCCAGAGUGCGGAGGUGUUCCGUGGCCGCGAGGACGUCAGCAUGCCUAAAGCACCAAAGGGAAAAAGUGCAGGACGGGAAAAAAAAGUCAUCCAUCCAUAUAGUAGAAAAGCAGCUCAAAUGACAAGAGAGGCCCACAAACAAGAAAAGAAGGAAAAAUUGAAGAAUGACAAGGCCUUGCGUCUCAACCUUAUUGGUGAAAAACUUCAGUGGUUUCAAAAUCAUCUUGAUCCCCGAAAAGUGAGAUAUUCAAAGAAAGAUGCUUGUGAAUUAAUUGAAAGGUAUUUAAAUCGAUUCAGCAGUGAGCUGGAGCAGAUCGAGUUACAGAACAGCAUCAAAGGCAGGCGGGGAAGGCGGCACUGUUCCCGGGAGACAGUCAUCAAGCAGACGAUGGAGCGGGAGCGGCAGCAGUAUGAAGGUUAUGGCCUCGAAAUUCCAGACAUUGUGACUGCAAGUAAUCUGAAAACUUUUAGGGAAUGGAAUGUUGAUCUGAAGAAAUUGCCAAACAUCACAAUGAGAAAAAUUUGUGCUAAUGAUGCAGUUCCCAAGAAGUGCAAGAGGAAAACUGUUAUAACUGUAGACGAAGACUUCGGGGGUUUGGAACUAAAAGAUGAAUCAAGUGACUCAGAUGAGGAAAUGACUGCAGUGGGCUAAUUGUCCUUACUUGAAUUGAAAAUAAAUAAUUUGAGACCUUCAAGUUA